AGCAGGCACACUUGUGCAUUAUUUGGUGGGCGGGACUGGGGGCGGUGGCACUAAAGGUAAAUCUCCGCCCCAUGGGUGUGUCUUACACGAAAGCGAGCAUUGCAUCCACCUGCCAGCGCGUUUCUCCAGCAGUCAGGAGCUCCUUAGUCAAAGAACAGCGCCUGAUAUCGUCAAAACCGGACAAACCGAUCAGAUCGCAAGGAAUAAUACUUCAUGUGAACAAGUGGGAUUGUUUGUGUCAACUGAAAGAACAACAACAACAGCGCAACUGAUAAUUGGAGCAGAAAUUCCACGAGCUUGGCUGAAUACCAAGCUUGAGCAUUAUAACAGAGGAAUUAUACUUGCAACUUUGGAAAGAAAUCAAGACGAUUGAAUUGGAUUGUUUGUUGCUUUCUAAAUGACUUUUAUGAGUGGAACUGAAGUACUUUGUGGUGGAAAGUAACAAACAGAGACUUACGAACCUCCUCUCUGUGUCUGGACGCAGACGGACAAUGCUGGCAGACGGACUGUCAUGGGUGUGGACCCUCCUUCUCCUGGAGUUCUGGGCCCUGGGGUCACAGGGGGAACCCCUUUCCGCACCACGGGUCUUCCUAUCCUUCAAAGAAAUGAGGUCCACGGGCACUGCUCACCAUUUCUCCUUCCUGCUCAACUCCACGGAUUACCGUAUUCUGCGCAUGGAUGAGGACCACGACCGCAUGUACGUCGGCAGCAAGGACUACAUCCUCUCUCUGGACCUCCACGACAUCAACAAGGAACCUCUUAUUAUCCACUGGCCCGUUUCCCCGCAGAGGAAAACUGAAUGCGUUUUAUCUGGGAAGGACACCAACGGAGAAUGUGGAAACUUUAUUCGUCUGAUCGAGCCGUGGAACCGAACACACCUGUACAUCUGUGGAACAGGGGCAUACAAUCCCGUCUGCACCUAUGUGAACCGAGGACACAGGGCCCAGGCUGCCCUACACCUGCAGAUGCCCCAGUCCGGAGGGAGGGCCAGUCGAGCUGCAGAUUACAGCACCACCCCUGAGCCAAUGGGACAUCAGGAAUACAUUUUCCGCCUGGAACCGGGAAGAGUUGAUUCUGGAAAAGGGAAGUGUCCCUACGACCCCAAACUCAACAGUGUCUCGGCUUUGAUCAAUGGUGAGCUCUACGCUGGGGUCUACAUUGACUUCAUGGGAACAGACUCCGCCAUUUUCCGUACUCUGGGGAAACAGACUGCCAUGCGGACAGACCAGUAUAAUUCCAGAUGGUUAAAUGACCCCACAUUCAUCCAUGCACACCUAAUUCCUGACAGCGCUGAGAGGAACGAUGACAAGCUGUACUUUUUCUUCCGGGAGAAAGCCUCAGAGAUGGGCCAGAAUCCCGUGGCUCAGUCUCGGAUCGGCAGGAUCUGCCUGAACGAUGAUGGUGGUCACUGCUGCCUUGUAAACAAGUGGAGCACCUUCCUGAAGGCCCGACUCAUCUGCUCUGUGCCGGGGGUCGACGGGAUCGAGACACACUUUGACGAACUUCGGGAUGUGUACAUCCAGCAGACACAGGACACUAAGAAUCCAGUCAUCUAUGGCGUCUUCUCUGUCUCUGGGUCGGUGUUCAAAGGCUCUGCAGUGUGCGUCUAUUCCAUGGCAGACAUCCGCAUGGUGUUCAAUGGGCCCUUCGCUCACAAGGAGGGGCCCAACUACCAGUGGGUGGCCUACACUGGGAAGAUCCCAUACCCCCGGCCUGGGACAUGCCCAGGAGGGACAUUCACACCAAACAUGAAGUCCACCAAGGAUUACCCUGACGAAGUCAUCAACUUCAUGCGGAACCACCCGACCAUGUACAAUGCUGUGUACCCGGUGCACAAGCGCCCCCUGGUGGUGAGGACAAACGUAGACUAUGAGUUCACCACCAUCACGGUGGACCAGGUGACAGCUGCAGAUGGGAGCUAUGAGGUGCUUUUCCUGGGGACAGAUCGAGGAACGGUUCAGAAGGUGAUCGUUCUGCCCAGAGAUGACUUGCAGACUGAGGAGCUGGUCCUGGAGGAGGUAGAGGUGUUCAAGGUUCCAACUCCAAUUACGACAAUGAAAAUUUCAUCCAAAAGGCAACAGCUGUAUGUGGGGUCGGCGGUGGGCGUGUCUCACCUGGCCCUGCAUCGCUGUGACGUGUACGGCGAGGCCUGCGCCGACUGCUGCCUGGCCCGCGACCCCUACUGCGCCUGGGACGGCAAGUCCUGCUCACGCUACUCUGCUUCUCAGAAGAGAUCUGACCCCUUUAGGCGCAGCCGUCGGCAGGAUGUAAAGUAUGGGAAUCCCAUUCGGCAGUGCAGAGGAUACAACUCCAAUGCCAAUAAGAACACCCUGGAGAUGGUGCAGUAUGGGGUUGAGGGCAGCAGCACCUUCCUGGAGUGUCAGGCCAGGUCUCCACACGUGUCAAUCAAGUGGCACCUGCAGAAAGAUAACAGCGACAGGAAGAAAGAGAUGCGGUCUGACGGGCGGGUUCUGAAGACGGAGCAGGGUCUCCUCCUGCGUUCGCUGCAGCUGUCAGAUGGCGGGGUGUACUACUGCACCUCCACGGAGAAGAACUUCAAGCACACGCUGGUCCGGGUGCAGCUGCUGGUGCUGUCCGCCCGCGCCAUCAACAACGUGCUGGCGGAGACCGGUGGCCCGGCUGCCUCCACGGCCUCGCUCCAGUCCAGCGCCUGGACGCCCAGCGCCGGGCAGUACAAGGACCUCCUCACCAUCCUCAGCCAGCCCGAGAUGAGCCUCAUCAACCAGUACUGCCAGGACUACUGGCACCUGGGCAGUGCCAGUCCCAAGGACCCCAUGCUGGGCUCCAUCCGGGGGAAAGACCUGAAGGAGCUGAAGGAGCAGAAGAAACCGCGCAACCGUCGGAAUCACGACGAUCAGAUCGAGGGGCAGGAGACAUGAGGAGUUUGUCUCCCCGCCCUCCCCCUUCCACGCUCCGCACACACAUAUGCACCCACGCAUGCAAGCGCAUACACACAGAUACAUGCAUACAUGCAUACACCCAUCCCCAAAAAUGGGAGAGACUCAUUCAGCAAAAAAGAGUUCAAUACUACACUCAAGAGACACCAAGCUAAAUAAGCAACAGGAAACAAGCAGGCAGAAGGUUCCUCUUAACAGUUUAACUAAAGAUAAGAUACACAGUAUUUAUUGUAGGUUGUACAUAGUAUGAUUCUGUGGAUUUCUUUGUUCUUAAAUAGAAAAAAAGGCUCUUUGUGUAUAGAUAACUUCUGGGCAAAUAUUGUUAUUAUUGUUAUUGUGAUAAUUAAUUUUAAUAUUGUUGUUAUUAUUACAGAAAUCUUAAUUUCUCAUCAGCGACAAUUCUAUAUUGAAAGUGUAUACUGCAGUAACUGAGGGGAAAAAGGGGUUUUAUAACUGGGGAACAGGACUGACAGAUGGGUUAUAGGUAGAACUUUCCAGUUUUGACUGGGAGGUGUAUCACUGGUGACAUGGUACUUUUACUCAAAAUUUGAAAGAUGUGAUGGAGACUUGGUUCCUGCAGCCACCCAAUAAUACACAUGCACACAUGCACGCACACACACACAAACAUACAAACACACACAAUCUCUUGUGGAAAGCACUGCUGUAUAAUUUCAUUGCCUCCAUAAGUGUCCAUGUUUCUAAAAGAAACAAUCUUAAUAGAUACCUUUCAACUGAACCAAAAAUCCUCCCACGCUUUCAGUAGCUUCUUCCAUAAAUGGGCGAGGUACGUCCAUUUGAUGUUCUCUCCUCAGAACACGUUUUAUCUACCUUUGUCGUGUCAACAGUUUUUUUCACUGUAUUUGUUACUCUUUUGUGAGUCUGGUCUCUUCCAAAACAAUCUUCAACACGUGUUGUUUUUUUCCAUGUGUAUAUAUUACUACUAAAUACUGUACCUGUGAUAUUAUACAAGUUGAAAAAAAUUGGUUUUCUUUGGGGUAAAAUCAUUUGCCUGUGAAGGGAAUAAUAGGGUUGCAUUGCAUGACAUUUCUAAAGCACCAUAGAAUUAAAAAGUAGACCUUUAAAAUGUAAACCGUUACAUAUUUAUAGAUCAGCAUAAUGUCAUCAGUCAUGGUAAUGUACAAGAAGAGGAAAAAGUCCCUUCUGAUCAGCUGGGUAUGUAGAAGCCUAGUACCUUGAUGGGUGAUUUAGAAUCUGGAUAGAACAGAGAAGACAUUUUGGGGCAUGUUUCUGACAUGGAAUCUGAAAGAAAGUCACACCAUUUCGGCCUUUGGCCAAACUUGAACAGGGUAAACGCUAUGCUCCAUUGCUUCUUCCAGUCAGUUCUCACUUAAGCAACACUGGUGUUUGAGCUGCCAAGCUCAGGCUAUCAUACCGCUCCAGACCUAGGAGAAUGGUGUUUACAGCAACCUGGCCUAUACUAAGGACACUGCAGCCCUACUAUGCAUCAGCUCUUCUGUUUCUGACUCAUACACGUAACAGAUUUCAGAGACAUGAGUUGGCAUGUGAACAUCCGUUACGGAAUGUGAUGUCACCUCUUGAGAAGCAAUAAGAGUAUGAUUAGUUCCCUUGGCUGGUGACCUUGGUCUUUAGCUCAGUGGUCUAACCAUAUCUUUUGUGGUGUAGAGAAGUGGCAAGGGUGUUGGUUUGAAACCCAGACUAAAUCUACUCUCAUGACACGUGCUUAGAGUAGGGCCAGGGCUGACAUGCAUUUUAUGGAUAUCCGGGUUGAGUUUGGCUAAAGGGAGACACUAGCACAUAACAUAAUGUGGCAGAGAUUGUCAAUUUCUUGCUGCUUACCCAAUUGCACAGAAAAGUAAACCAAGCACAGGUUAAACAAUAAAGGAAGCCUCCACCUCUUUGACCAAGCAAUACCACUUUGGCUCCAAGUACAGAGAUAUAUACACUGUAUGUAUAUACACCGGGAACUUUUAAACAGAGCGUGACUCAUACCAAAAUCUUGGGAAGCUGGCUUUUCAUUGUGUGCAUGAAAUUUAUGUGUACUGUAUAUAAAUAUGGAACAAAAAGCUAUGUUGCUGUCUUUAUUAAAUAACAAGAAACAAGUGAAUGUGUAUCUUUGUGAAUUAAUGUCCGUAAAAUGCCUGAGGAACUGACUCAAGGUAGUAAAAAAAUUAAGUCUAAACGAUGGAGAAAUGUAAAGCAUCUUGAGAUUGAGCCACUUUCUCCAUUUUACUUUCUCUACAUUUGUUCAGAGCAGGAGUGUCCAGCCUUAGCUGAAAAGGGCUGGUGUGGGUGCAGGUUUUUGUUUUAGCCCAGUACUAAAACACCUGAUUCUACUUAAACGUCUUUAUGGAAGAUCAUGAUUAGUUGAUUAGUUGAAUCGGGUCUCCUAGUGCUGAGCUAAAAGGAAAAGCAGCAUUAACACUGGCCUUUUUCGGCUAAGGACACCCUGGUUUAGAACAUGCUGUUUCACCAGACUGCUCCUGUUUGACCACCUGUGAUUUCACAGGGUUACAGCAGAAGGUUGUACAAUUUGUUAGUAUUUUUUAAAUGCGUGUCUUUAGUUUCUUUUUUUGUGUUUUUAAAGAAAGAAUAUUCAGUUGUUGAAUAAAACUAAAUGCACAGGUGAUGUUAUUGUAAUGACUCGUGUUAAAUUACUCUUCCCCUUCCAUUGUUGAUGUUGCUGACUAAUAAAUUAAAGCUCUAUAUUUUAUAA